AUGGAGCCGUCCCAUGACCAGCACACUAAGGCGCCGUCAAAGGACCACGGUAAGCGCCCGUACGGUAACGAGGAUAGCACCAGCAGCAGGUGCUUUCAAAUGAACAUCAACUUCGCAUCCCAGGUACGAUCGCUGGCCAUGUCGAAGGCACAAGAGGAUGUGGAGGACAAAUUCUCGCGUUGCUCGACAUGGGGGCAGAAGCGAGCUCGACACGGGGGCAGAAGCGAGCUCGACACGGGGGCAGAAGCGAGCUCGACAUGGGGGCAGAAGCGAACAUUCUCGCUCCUUCAGUCACCCGGGUGCUACGGCUGGUGCAGUUGCUCACCGCGACAGCUCCAUGGUCGUUCAACGGUUCGCAACGCCUCUCGAGUGGACUUCACCAUCAUCGCGGGCACGGCAAUAAACGCACAAGGGGACUUCCUUGUCAGUGUACUCGGCGCGCUUUACACUAUGAUGAUCUGCUUGCACUAG